ACCUUUGUCGAUGGGAAGCUGUCCACGUGUAUACUUCCUAAGGUAGGUACAUGCAUAAGGUAGAUUACCUGUACAUUACAUUAAUAUGGAACAUUGACAAUCUUUUGAAGAAGUGGAAAGAUGCGCACGGGGAAAGAGAAGGAGGGGGAGGGGGCUUUUCUCAGCCUCAACCUUAAAUCUCCAGUACUGUGAUUCAGGUAAUUCAGUGUACCUGCCAGACUGUAACGCACAUAAACUUGCUAUAGUCGCCGUCUACCUGAUACCUAUUAGCACCUAUAGCACCUAUAGGUGUGCAGGCAAGGCGGUGACCUCAAUUGCCCAAAUGUACGUAUUCCUUCUAUAUUUAUACCUUUAUUUUUACCUCUUAUUUUUGCUUUUCUCGUUAGACGAACCAUCUCUCUCAACACAUCCUGCAACAUGUAAUCCCAACUGUCCAAAUCUCAACUUCCCGACAACAGACAUCACAUCACAUCACAUCACCUAUCCAACCGAAAAACAUAGCAACCAUCCACCAAAACAAUUUCUUUAAAGAGAAACUCAUACUCCAGAUUCGACACACCUGGAAAAGAUAGUAUUUGAAGAAUCCCUAACUCAGAUUCUUAUAGAUAUUUCAUCAGAGCAGAGCCAUGGAUCAGAAAGCGAGCGAUCAUUUAACCAAGACGGAUGAUGAGGCUCGUAGCCAGCUAGCUCUUAACUACACAUAUGGCUUCGACACUUCCGAUCAUUUUGAAGAGCGGUACCUCGGAGAUAUAAUAGUGAACGGAUGGGCGUCUCAGGAUGACAUCAAACACUUCACUAGCCAUAGCCUAAUGCGCGGCUAUGAAGAAUGGCAUAUGGUGUUCUCUUGCGCAAACGCUUUGAAAGAAGAGGCUUCUUUCGAUGAUCCUCUCGAGGGGCAAGAUCUCCUCACCUUCCUCACCUUGGUCCUCUCCCCACGCUCUGGUCCUCGAGAUGGUGUCGUCAGCGGCCAGACGUCGAAUCUUCAUCUGAAGUACGAAGACGUCGCACAAGAACCCCAACCUUCCCAGCCGAGCACGAAAGCAGGGAAAGCAGGGAAAAGGAAGAGAGAUGCAUCUCACGAACAAACAGAUCCAGACCAACCCAUCAAGAAGCACAAAAUAAACAAAAGAUCGCCAUUCUGGUCCACAAUUAACACAGAUUCUUCCCUCCAGCGACCCCACCAGCCAGCGGAUGACAGAAGGGAAUCGAAAAGCGAGAAGAGGAAGAGUGGUAAGAGCUCAAAAAAGAUCAAGAGGGCCAAAAAGACUAGAGAGUCACCGUCCGAGUCUAUCACUACACCUCCGACUGAGAACCCAGUUCUUCAAGAAGUCCCGAAAAAUCUCUUUAAAAGGUCGUCACUCAUAGACGGCCGGGAGUCUAUGAGUGACCAGAAUGGUGUUUUGCAUACUAUUCUUCCGCUGCGCGUUUCACAUACAAAUACUGAAGCGGGAAAGUCAUUAGCAGGCUUGCAAUCGCCACCAACUACACUCGGAAAUGUUGAAGGAACCUUGGACGCAGCUACGUUGAGUUUAGGCGAAUCGGACGAAAAUGAGGAGCAAGAAAUCAAUGGUGUCGCGUCUCAUGAGAGAGAUAUCAUGUUUUCUCAACCAGUGGCAAAAUGUCUGACUCCGAAACGCAAAACGAAGUCCCCUUACUUUAACACAUUGGACACGCUGACUCCGCUUAAGAUAAAAUAUCCCCGACCUCCUCGAGGAACGAUUCCUUGCGUACCUUUUCCGCGUUUAGACGCCCCCAAUUUCGGCUUGAUUCAAGAAGACCUCGCAGCCGAUCCUUUCCGUUUGCUUAUCGCAGUGACCUUUCUGAUACGAGUAAAGGGGAAGCAUUCAAUACCCGUAUUCUACGAUCUCGUAGAAAAGUACCCGACGCCGAGACAUCUAGCAGAAGCAGAUGCGAACGAUAUAAUAGCAAUGAUUAGACACCUCGGUCUUUCCGCGGUCCGAGCCACCGCAAUCCAGAAGUAUGCACGAAUAUGGAUAGAGAACCCACCUCGAGCUGACAUUCGAUAUGGCGUGAAGAAUUAUCCACAGCUGGGCGAUGGGGCUGACGUCCGGGCCGCAGAAGCAUUGUGUCCCGAUGAUCUCAGGUCCUCGGCUUGGGAAAUUGGUCACAUGACACAAGGUCGGUAUGCUAUAGACAGCUGGAGAAUAUUCUGUAGGGAUGUCCUUCUCGGUCGUGCAAAAGACUGGAGAGGCAAGGGGCGCGAAGGAGAAUUCCAGCCCGAGUGGAUGCGAGUGUUACCGGAAGAUAAGGAACUUCGUGCUUGUCUUAGGUGGUUAUGGAUGCAGGAGGGCUACGCAUGGGAUCCGAAAACAGGAGAGAAGGAUAUACUCCCGGAAGACUUGCGUAGGGCGGUUAAUGAGGGUCGAGUUGCGUAUGAUGACGCUGGCGAGCUGAAAAUACUGGGCAAGGAGGCUCCUAUAGGGAAUGGUGCCCUCUAA